AUGGCGAUGACAAACACCCUUCCUCUGCUCAUCGACACGAUCGGUGGCAGAGUGCCCUGUGGCACCGGGACCUGGUGUGCCGGGAUGGCCGCCUCAGCUGCGACGGGAACAACGCUGAGCUCGUUUCCAUCUCCUGAUGAUAAUGUCACUCCGAGUCCAGACCCCGUCACUUCCCUGCCAGCGCUCAGCUGCGCUCCAGGAGACUCGCCAUGUUCACUGAUCUCUCCCACUGCGACUGACCUUGUGACCCAAGGCUCGUUGACGGUCUCGCUUUCUUCUCUAUUGCCCUCAAGCACGGUUCAGCAAUCACCUUCAGUCAAUUUCAGCACUUUUACCGCAAAUUCGUCCCCAGCCCCGUCUACCGGUCAAGUUGAACCAUUCACAUUCACAUUUACAUCCAUCAUCACCACAGCCGCGACUGGGACGAUGUCAAGCCUCUCUGCUCCGUCCAUCUCUUUGGUCCUUCCGUCAACCACCACAGCCAGCAUCAGCAGUCUUGCAUGGACAUCGACCGCGUGCGUUGCUUUAGGUGUCCCUGAUCCUGCCGCAUGUCCCGGUGGCCCACUGGAUCCUUCGGGAGGCGAUGCAAGCUCAAGUUCUACCUCUCAUUCCGCUUCUAUAUCAAUAACUACGAGCGUUAUCAGUCCCGCCGGGUCAACAGCUUCACAGUUGACAUCUUCUUCAUCCACGUCAAGAACAACAAGCACGACGUUGUCGUCUUCCUUGACUGCUCUUUCGCCAGCCCUGACUUCAGUCCCUGCCACAACUUCGUCUCCAUUUUCAAAUACCACCGCCCCAGGUCCGCCAUUCGACCAUCCUCACGGAAGAGGUUAUGGACAUCCACUCGCCGUGAUCAUAGUUCCGCUCAGCAUUGGCUGCCUUGUUCUUCUCUUGGUGUCCAUCCUCCUUUGGCGAAAAUAUCACCCAACAUCGUUCCACAAGAUCCUCGACUCGAUCCCGGGCCUCGGCUUCCUUGCCCAGUGGCGCAAGACACGGAAAAGCAAUCGGAACAUUAUCGCCAUGAAGCGUUUGGGAAUCUUGACAGGAGAUAACAACAACGGUUCCGCUGCAUCGAGGUACGCCGAAGGUGAUACCUACGCAAGACAUCUGAGGAAGUUCGAAGAGGAUGCUGCGCGCGCGAGAGAAAAAUACGGCUUCGAUGCCGCUGGCCACCCACCUACGUCUCCUUUCUCGACAGGAAACAGGAGUGCCAAGAGCGGCGGCACGCCACGCACUCCGAAGGUGGGAAGUCCCUGGAGACACACGCCAACCAAGGCCCCAGGCAAUCCAGCCAAAGGGCGAAGAGAUAUCUUCACAACGGCGUCUCCUUCCGCGCGCAGUGGGGGACACGGAUCGUCUGGUGAGAUGCGGAAUGCUAAAGAGGAUAGGCGCAGUCUGGAGAGCUGGGAAGAGAGGUGGUAUGCGCUGGGCACCGAGACGGAGGCAGCCGCAGGUGCUGGACCUGGCCAGUCCUGGAGGAAGCUGGUUUGA